AGUGGAUGCUUGCAUUCAAGCCUGACGAUCGGCUUAGUGCCAAGCAAGUCCUGGAAGUAUUUAGAAGCCUUGAUAGUUAAAUACAGAGUGGCCCUUCAACUCCUGGGACAAAGAUAGCCUAGUAGCUAUGAUGCCCUGCCUACAGAGGCGCGUGUGUUGGCCGUCUUAGGUGCGGGACAGAGAGCCAACAACGCAGGCAGCCACCAAAAAUAAUGACAGAAGAGCAACCAAGGACCAGAUGACAGAUUUUAACUUCCUAUCUAUAUUGAAAACGCACCCAAAAAAAAGGUAUCCUCUAGCUGGUCAAGUUAGUCCCCGUAUUUAAUUACGAACACACAAUCUUUCAUCAAUGGGAAAUUGCUGCAGCUUCCCCUCUUCCAGAGGAAGCACCUCCCGCUCCCACCUCGAAUCCCACGAGAUGCACGAGUGGGACCCCCUCAACUACAUACCCCCAUGUGCCGAGCCCGAUAUCCGCAGUCCAAACCGCAUCGUCUCGGCUGGCCAUUUCAUCGCCCACAGCGUGCUACAGAGUGGCGGAAACCACUGGCAGAUAUAUCUGCAGACCGGCAAAGACGAGUCCGUCUGCCUCGAGCUCGUGCCCGGCGCCUUCCCCGGACAGGAAGGAUUCCUCGGCAGAUUCGACAUCGUCCUGCACGGAUAUGGCCUGACCCGCAACACCCACAAGACCGUCUCCAUCUCCGCUGUGCCUGGGCGCUCCGUGGCUGACUUCUUGGACGCCAUCAUCGCCAACGAUAACCAUCGGUAUGAGUUCACCCAGGACGGAAGGGGCUGCACCGGCUGGGUGCUCGACCAGUUUCACCUUUUUAUGCGGGCGGGUCUGCUUCCUCCUGGGCGGGAACACGACUUGGAAGAAGCGGUGAACACGGCGUGGGAGGAUGGCCGGUCAAGGGGCCCGCGGGCGGUGACUUUGGGGACGUAUGUAAGGGACAGGGGAGGGGGCCGGCGUGGGGUGAGAAGGAGAGGAGGUGGAAAUAGAUGAUCAGGCCUGAAAAAGAUGGGGCCCAUGGGCCUCGGGGGGAAGGCAUUCCACAUCAUAUCUGCACCUGGGAAGGAUUUUACCAGCCUGUUGGUAUCUGUGAUGCGCAGACUCCUUGCAUACCGAAUAGGUUGCCCAUGCAUAAUUCUCAUCAAGAAAUCGACCUCGAGACAGGAGGAAGGGAGAGCUGAACAAGAUGCCCAUACCCAAACAACCCACGCCGCACGAAACU